ACGCAAAUCAGAGACUGGCUACUGGCUCAAAUAUUUGUUUUUUUGUGCGCUCAAGUAGAAAAGAACCUAGGAACUGGAAAGUGAAAAAAUGAUAGAAUAAUCCCGUUUGAUUAUUAAUAAAUAUGAAUAAAGUAAUAGUACCUCAGAACAAAAAUUCUAUUUGCAGAUUCUGCUUGAAAUCGUCCAAAGAUCUCAUAAUUGUCAAUAACCAAGCCAAUAUUAAGUUAUCCAAAGCAGGCAAUGUAAGCUUCAAAAAAGUGUUGAAAAAAUUAUGUAUCAAGAUUGAUAAUGCAGAAUAUUUACCUAAUGGAAUUUGUUGUCAGUGUAAAAAUAAACUAGAAGAUUUUUAUAUAUUUCUUGAAAAAGUUGAAAGCAAUGAAGAAAUACUACAUAAAGUCUAUGGUGACUGUACAAUCAUUAAUCCAAAGAAAAAUGAUGAUAGCUCCACUCAAUCAUUUCAAGAUUUUUCUUCACACUACGAUGGAGAACCUGAUCAUACUUAUGUAAAACCAACUAAUGACCAACUAGGGGAAACUAUCCCUAGCAUUUGUGAUGCAAGGUCUGAAAAUCCAAAAUCGUCUUCCUUGGGUGAUAGAUUAGAGGUGUACAUAAUAAAAACUAAAACUGACAUCAAUAAAGGAUUAAACAAAAACAAGUUUGAUGAGAUGCAGGAAGAACACUCGAAGCCUGAACAACAAAAAGAAUUUGAGAGGAAGGAACCUUUUUGCAUUAAACAAUGUUUUUUCUGUCCUAAAAAAUUCAGUAAUAAUAAUCUCAGGAUCUUGCACUUCAUAGAACAUGUAAUACAGGCAACAGAAGCAACUGUAUCACCAAGAUUAUUUUGUCAGUAUUGUGGACUUUUAGCUACUGCAAGGCAAGAGUUAGCUGAUCACAUAAACUCUCAACAUAAUGAUGAACAAAAUUCCACUUGUGAAUCUUGUAAUAUAAGAUUUUCAAAUAAUCAAGAACUAGAAGAACAUUUCAGAAGACAGCACAUUGAAAAUUUUGAGGAAGAAAUAGAUAUAGAUAUUAUGUGUUUAAUAUGUAAAAAGGUAUUUGAUGAUACUAACCAGAUGAUGGAACAUGCUCUAGAACAUUUAAUCAGAAGGCACACAUGUCUAUCAUGCAGAAAUGUUUAUAUAUGUGAUGCCGCAUUAAAUGAACACCAUAAGACACACCCAAGAUACAGAUUCAAGUGUCCAAUUUGUGGAAAACUAACUUGCACUAGUAGAACAGCAUUACGAGAACACAUAAGGAACCAUUCAGAGUCUAAAAGUUUUCAGUGUGAUUUGUGCCAAAGGACAUAUAAAAGUAUGGGUCGUUUGAAGAUGCAUAAGAAAAGUCACUUCAGGAUGAAUAAUAUUUGUCCUAUUUGUCCAUAUUCAACGAUGUCAAAAUCAGAUUUUAAUACACAUUUGAGAGUACAUACCAAUGAGCGCCCAUUCAAAUGUUCGUUUGAAGAAUGUGGAAAGGCAUUCAAAACCAAUAGUGCACUUUGUAUUCAUAUAAGAGAACAUUUGAAGAUAAAAAUGUUAUCAUGUGAAUUUUGUGAUUAUAAAACUAACAGAUACAAUAGCUUAACUCACCAUAGAAGAAUCCAUACGCUGGAGAAACCCUACAGUUGUGAAUUUUGUGGAAAAACUUUCAGUAGGCCUUACACUCUUACUGUACACCUGAAGAAAAUCCAUAAAAAGUAGGAUUGUUUAUUCUUGAGGCAGCAUUCGGUCUUGAUAACAAACCUUUCCAUGACUUGAUAAUGCCCCAACUUCUACAAUCUCUUGAAGGCUUAAGUACUAAGGAUAAGUAAGUGUUGAGGUUGUAGGGAGAAAUAUUUCCUCUGUAUGUCUACCGUCACUUUUUUCCUGUAAUUUUUUUGACAUUUUGUUAACAACACUAUUGUUGAUUUGUAGUCCAAAAAGAAUAUAUUGAAUUAAAAAAUA